CGUCAGCGGGCGCGCAGUGCCGGCUGCGGGGCUUUAAAGCAGCGUGUAAGCUGAGAUGCUACCACAGACAGCGGCGCAGCGGCGGCCGCAGCAGCUCCCCGAGCCCAGCCGGGCGCCGCGGGGCGAGAGAGCGGCACCCCCGGGGUCCCAUGGCGAUGUCCCGAGCUCUCCUUCUUCUGCUCCUGCUGCUGCUGCUCUGCCCGCGGCGGGGGGCGCGGGGCGGCGGGCAGCGACCGCGGGGCUGCCCCGCUCCCUGCCGCUGCGAGCAGGAGGGCGCGCUCCUCCGUGCGGACUGCUCCGACCUGGGGCUCACGGCAGUGCCCGCCAACCUCAGCAUCUUCACCUCCUACCUUGAUCUCAGUAUGAACAACAUUACUAAGCUGCCCUCAAACCCCGUGCACAAUCUCCGCUUCCUGGAAGAGCUACGUCUUGCAGGAAAUGGCUUGACAUACAUUCCUAAGGGAGCAUUUGCUGGCCUUUUCAGUCUUAAAGUGCUGAUGCUGCAGAAUAACCAACUACGCCAGGUUCCUACUGAAGCACUCCAGAACUUGCGCAGCCUGCAGUCUCUGCGUCUGGAUGCCAACCACAUCAACUAUGUGCCCCCCAACUGUUUCAAUGGCUUGGUCUCCCUUAGACACCUGUGGCUAGACGAUAAUUCUUUGACAGAAAUUCCUGUCCAAGCUUUUAGAAGUUUACCGGCACUUCAGGCAAUGACAUUGGCACUGAAUAAAAUUCAUUACAUACCAGACUAUGCUUUUGGAAACCUCUCUAGUUUGGUAGUUCUACAUCUCCAUAACAAUAGAAUCUACUCCCUGGGAAAGAAAUGCUUUGAUGGGCUCCACAGCCUAGAGACUUUAGAUUUAAAUUACAACAGUCUGGACGAGUUCCCUACUGCUAUCAGGACACUAACAAACCUAAAAGAAUUGGGAUUUCAUAGCAAUAAUAUCAAGUCAAUACCUGAACGUGCAUUUGUGGGUAACCCAUCGCUUAUUACAAUACAUUUUUUUGAUAACCCCAUCCAGCUUGUGGGAAAAUCUGCUUUUCAACACUUACCAGAACUCAGAACUCUGACUUUAAAUGGUGCUUCGCAGAUAACAGAGUUUCCUGAUCUGACGGGGACUACAAGUCUGGAGAGUUUGACACUCACAGGAGCACAGAUUACCUCUCUUCCCAAAUCAGCUUGUGACCAGUUACCUAAUCUCCAAGUGCUAGAUCUGUCUUAUAACCUGCUGGAAGGUUUACCCUGUUUUACUGCAUGUAAAAAACUCCAAAAAAUUGACUUGCAUCACAAUGAAAUUGGUGAAAUCAAAGCAGACACAUUUCGACAGCUGGUUGCUCUUCGAUCCCUGGAUUUAGCUUGGAAUAAAAUUAAAAUUAUUCAUCCAAGUGCCUUCUCCUCUUUACCAUCUCUGAUCAAACUGGAUGUGUCAUCCAACCUUUUGUCCUCUUUUCCUGUGACGGGGCUACAUGGUUUAACUCAUUUAAAAUUAACAGGAAAUCAUGCUCUACAAAGUUUGAUAUCAUCUGAAAAUUUUCCAGAACUCAAAGUCAUAGAAAUGCCUUAUGCUUAUCAGUGCUGUGCCUUUGGAGCUUCCGAGAGCCACUACAAAAUCUCCAGCCAGUGGAACAGAGAUGAGAAUAACAGCAUAGAUGAUUUUCACAGGAAGGAUGCUGGGUUGUUACAAAUUCCAGAUGAGCGUGACUUUGAAGAUUUUUUCCUUGACUUUGAAGAAGAUUUGAAAGCUCAUCAUUCAGUGCAAUGUUCACCUUCCCCAGGUCCCUUCAAACCAUGUGACCAUCUGUUUGGUAGCUGGCUGAUAAGAAUUGGAGUGUGGACCAUAGUGGGUUUAACGUUUAUUUGCAAUGCACUGGUGUCUGCUACGGUUUUCAGAUCUCCAUUGUACAUGUCCUCCAUAAAACUUUUGAUUGGUUUAAUAGCUAUUGUAAAUGCCUUGAUGGGUCUGGCCAGUGGAGUACUGGCUAGUGUGGAUGCAUCGACUUUUGGCAGCUUCGCUCAGUAUGGAGCACAGUGGGAAAGUGGAAUUGGUUGCCAAAUAACUGGCCUUCUCUCCAUUUUUGCUUCAGAGGCUUCCAUUUUCCUCCUUACCUUAGCUGCACUUGAACGUGCAUUCUCUGUAAAGCACACUACAAAGUUUGAAACAAAAUCCUCCAUUGCUAGUGUAAAAAUUGCCAUUUUCUUUUGCUUUAUGUUGGCACUCCUCAUUGCAGUGACACCACUCCUCACUGGGAGUGAGUACGGAAUUUCUCCACUUUGUUUACCACUACCAUUUGGAGAACCUACUGCUAUGGGCUACAUGGUAGCACUGGUAUUGCUGAACUCCCUUUGUUUUCUGGUAAUGACAAUUGCUUAUACAAAGCUCUACUGUACUUUAGAAAAGGGAGAACUAGACAACAUUUGGGAUUGCUCUAUGGUCAAACAUAUAGCCUUGCUGCUUUUUACUAAUUGCAUUCUUUAUUGCCCUGUGGCCUUCUUAUCAUUUUCCUCCUUACUAAACCUCACUUUUAUCAGUCCAGAAGUUAUUAAGUCAAUACUGCUAGUGAUUGUCCCACUGCCUGCAUGUCUAAACCCACUCCUUUAUAUACUUUUCAAUCCACACUUUAAGGAGGAUUUGGGCAGUCUACGAAAGCAAACUUUGUUGUGGAGAAGGUCAAAACAUGCUAGUCUGAUCUCUGUGAAUUCAGAAGACAUAGAAAAACAAUCUUGUGACUCAACACAAGCGUUGGUGACCUUCACAAGUGCCAGCAUAUCGUACGACAUGCCUACCAGCAAUUCACUAGUGCCAUCAUCUUAUCAAAUGACAGAAAGUUGCAAUCUUUCAUCAGUUGCAUUUGUUCCAUGUCGCUAGUUUCAGUGGCAGUAAAGAAAAAAGAUCAAUGUUUACAGAUUUCUUAAUCCGGAAAGUAAGUAAGGGUGUGUGUACACAAGGUAGAGCGCCUCUGAAUUGUCAUUACACACAUCAGAAAACAGACAAUGACGAAACAUGCAGCAGGCUGAAAAAAACCAAUUUCUCAGCUUGCUUCCAAAAGCUUGGAUGAAGAGAGAAACUGAAAGCUGCUGCAGUUUAUGCAGCUGUAUCAGCUGCUCUCUUUUAAAGUAGCACUACUCUGAAAAGGCAUUGGGUAGUCAAGAGCAAAAAUAUCAUGUUAAAUUGGUAGGCUUUUUUUUCUGAAGCAUCACCUGUUACAGUUUGUUUUCAGGGAUUGGGUUUCCUUUUUUCCUGUUUAUUGUUAUUUGGUUUCAAUAAUAGUUUUUCAGUGCCAUGAUUUUUUUUUUAUAUAUAAGCAUCUUUGUAUGGCCCUCAUUCAGCAAGGUAUCUAAGUGGAAUUGUAGUCCUCUUGAAUUUUUAAAGGUUCUGCAGAAUAGACUUUGAUGAAGUUCCACGUUUGAGAAAACUGAUUUACUAUUUUAGCUGGCAUUGAGUGUGAGUUUUAGAAGUCAUUUGACUUGACAAAGAAUAAUUGCCAGCUAAACAAACAAAAUUAACAAGGUGUGAAAGAAGUUAAUCAGGAACCUGUUAAGCACUUAAAAUGUAAUUGUAAAUGGCAGCUAUUGUCACAUGGAUAUUUUUCUAGUGAGGUUCUGCAUGGUUUGGUCCUGAAUUGCUACCAUGCCAGUAGAAUUACACCCAGAAUUACUGCUGAUGAAAAUGGCAGAUAAUUCAUAGAAUUUCAGAGUGGAAAAUACUACAAAGUCAUCAAUACAAAAAGAGUGGUGUGCUGAGGCCAAUUAAAGGACACCAAAGACACUCACAAAGAGACAUUCAUUUAAGGUCAGUUGCCUAGGAACAAAAACUGUGGUCCUGCUCGUGGCAUAGUCUCUGUCCUGUGAAACAGUGAUUCUAGAAAUCCUCUGCUUAAUGGUCACUAGUCAGCUGUAGAUUUAGAGGACACUGUGUCCUUUUAAAUAAGGAGAGCCAAUGUCCCUAUCCAGCCAAGGCAAUACCAAGUAGGAGCGAAGAGGUUGUAUUAUCUGUGUUCUUAGCACUGGUGCUUAAGCACUACUGAGAUAUUUCGAACAGUUCUUGCAUUCAUAAUGCAUAAAGAACAUUAUGAAAUUGAAGAGUAUAUAAAUAUGAUAAACUUAAAGCAGCUUAGGAAAGGAGUGAUUUGAUCCCAGUUCAUGAGUAGCAACUUCAGGGAAGCAGAAGUUUGAGCGCGGAAGACCACUCAGUCAAGAGUAGAAUCUGGUAAUAUUGACAUUAGGGAUAUGCAGCAUAGAAAUAAAGGUGCAAAUUAUUGUCAGUGAUGGUCAUUAGCUGGUGGAACUGCCUGUUACUAAAAAUGUCUAAAUUCAAAUUGGCUACAUUACCAGAAAAGGUAUUGGAGCAACUACUGGAAUCCAGAGGCUGGAAUUCUAGCAGCUUUAGGUUAGGAAAAGGUUACUUUGAUUAACACAGAGUUCCUCUCUGGUUUUAAAAUCUGUUAAUAGUUUGAUGAAUCAAGGCAUGCCUGUUUACAUAUCAGAAGCAACCCAGUUAGAGAGAAAAGAUUUCAAGUCUUUGCUAAGUUUACUGUCAAAAUAUCUCGGAAAAAAAAACCCCAAACACAGCCACAUUCACUUCCCUGGAAUAUCUGUCUUUGACCUUGCCAAGCCAUCAGGGGAUAUUCCAGGGUUUUUCUCUCAGAGCUGACACCUUUUGCUCAAGUGAGCUGAUUAUUUAAGGCACGGAAGUGCACAAAUUUACUUUUUGUGGUUUGUUAAAAAUAGCUCCCUGAGGAGUAACAUUUAAUAGCCCAGUACUCACUGCUCAGUUAAUGGCCACUCAAUCUCCUGAUUUUUUAAUGUUACCAAGGUUAGGUUAGCCCAGUAAUUAAGGUAAUCAGUUACUCUUUUGUUCAUCUAUUACUGUAUAUAAAACUUACUGGGACUCAAAGGACACGUUUUCACAAUGAAAAAUUUGUUGCCAACAAUGGAUAUGCCUCAAUUUUCUUGUCCAUUCACACUGGCGUAUUUUUAGUUUGGUAGUUACAGAUGGCAUCAGUUGACUUGGGCUGACAUGUUCAUCCUUCAGAAAAGAAAAUGAACCAAUGCCGAAAUUAUGUACGAUAAAGUCAGCUGAGUACUUAUCUUAAUCCUUUAUCUCUUGUGGCUUUUGAAGCAGUGCAGCAUACAGCUGGAGAAUGAUGCCUGGAUCCACUUUGGAUUAAACAGAGGAUCAGUCAACCAUUGCACAAUACCUAUUACCAUGUUUACUUAGCUUUAAUUUAACUGGAGUCCAUCUGUGCUGCACUGCUUAAUGUCAGUGAAAUUCCUUUCAGCUCACUAUAUUUAAGAGGUUUGUAAAGUGAUUUGAGAAGCAAAAUAAUGUUAUAAUUCUAAAGACUAGUUAAAAAAGCUUCUUUUAUCACAACUUUUUUAGCUUGCAGAAAGUCCUAAAGGCUUUGUCUUAUUUUUAUAAGCAUGUUUGAAAUAUUUUGAUCAGAUAUUUUAAACUUGAAAUUGUUAAAAUUCAUCUAAUAGAUUUUUAAAGUAAAAUGUGUAAAUAUAGAACUGUAUUUAUUAUUACAGUGAAAUGCAACCGCAGUAAAGUAUGUGAGAUUAAGCGCUGUACAGUUUCAUAUUGAUAUUUGCUAUAUUUUCUGCUCAUAUAUAUUACUAAAUUCAUUAUCUGUAAAUAAUAUAAUGUAAAUGUGUAGUGAUUGUAAAUAGCUGACAUGCUUUCUUUUCUAUCAGUGUUCCAAACCUAUGUAAGUUGUAAUAAAA